GGCCUGCCCAAACAUCAGGCAUAAACAAUCGACAUGUCCAGUUCUCAUGAACGUAUCGAGGAGGGUCAAUUUGACGAUGCUCCGGCAACAGAGACGACAUCCCCAAACCCCACCCCCCGUCAAGGCGGCCACUUCAUCGACGACGAGAACCUUCAGUGGUCAGACAAUGCAUAUUCCGAAGAUGAACAGGACGAGCUGAAUGAAGAUGACUUUGAGGAUGACCGAGCAGAAGACGAAGACUGGGAAGUGGCUGAAAGAGAUUUCACGAAACAGUUCAAUCGCAUACGGCAGCAUGUCGCUAUCCGCACUGGAAACGUGGAAGGGAUGAAGUCCUCCAUUAACAAGAACGCCGCCGUUGCCGCUGUCCCUAAAGUCAAUCAGCCGAAGACUGCACAGGCUGACACCCAGCGCAAGGACAAAACCGCUGAUCAACUGGCUGCUCUUUCAAAGUACUCCUCUCGAAUUGCGAAAAUAGAUCAGCCCUAUGUCAUGGGCGCCGGCGUCAACAGAAAGGGACCUAGCUCUUACGCCAAUGCGAAAGACAAGUCAGAUCGUGCGACUUCAGAGCAAGUCCUCGAUCCACGCACGCGCAUCAUCUUGUUCAAAAUGAUCGGCCGCGGUCUCAUCCAGGAGGUGAAUGGCUGCGUCAGUACUGGAAAGGAGGCAAAUGUUUAUCACGCAGCUGCCCCUGACGGCGCCCAUAUGGCCCUGAAGAUCUACAAAACGUCGAUCCUUAUUUUCAAGGAUCGUGAUCGCUAUGUGUCAGGGGAGUAUCGUUUCAGACGUGGGUAUAGCAAGCGCAAUCCCCGUAAAAUGGUCCGAGUAUGGGCGGAGAAAGAGGUUCGUAAUUUGAAGCGCCUAGUGGCUGCAGGCAUACCUUGUCCGGAACCCAUUGAAGUUCGGGAGAAUGUGCUAGUGAUGAAGUUUCUUGGGGACAAGCAAGGAUGGGCUUCUCCUCGUCUUAAAGAUGCGGCAAUAUCUGCGGAGGCGUAUCCCUCGUUGUACGAAGAGCUCAUCCUCAACAUUCGCCGAAUGUACCACGAAUGCAAACUCGUCCAUGCCGAUCUUUCUGAAUACAAUAUCCUCUACCACGACUCGCACCUCUACGUCAUUGAUGUCUCGCAGAGCGUGGAACACGAUCAUCCAUCCGCCUUCGAUUUCCUGCGGAGUGACAUCAAGAAUGCUGAAGAAUUCUUUGGGCGCUUUGGUGUCAACUGCCUCGGUCUGCGGCGGUGCUUCGAGUUCGUGACGCGCGAGAAGCUGGGUGGACAGCCCGAGAGCAACGAUGCCGAUAUUCUCAAGCAGUGGUUGUCUGAAAAGACACCCGAGCCGGUGGAUGAAACCAGUGACACAGACGAAACGUCGGAUGCUCCUGGAGCAUCGGCCCAUGAAGACAGUGUCUUCAUGCAAUCAUACAUCCCUCGGACGCUCAAUGAAGUGUAUGAUCCGGAACGUGACGUAGAACUUCUGGCCAAGGGUGAUGGGAAAACGCUCAUCUAUGCCGAUACAAUCGGGCUUGUCGACUCUAGUAAGCGUUCGAACGAAAGUAUCCCUCAACAUGUGCACUUUGAGGUGGACGAUGGUUCUGGCACCGACAGCAACGUAGGGUCAGAUGACGACUCGGAAGAUGCAGACGAGAACCAGGAUGGAAAAGAUUAUCAAUGUCCGAAGCCACGAGGCCAUCGACACGAAGAUAAAGAUGCCAAAAAGGAGCGCAAAAAAUCGGUAAAGGCGGAAGCGCGAGAAAAGCGUAAAAACAAGAUUCCGAAGGCAGAGAAAAAGCGGAAGGUUAAAAAUACAAGGUCAUGAAACUC